AUUGCAGAGCAGCGUGGUGGCUGCGGGGAGCCGCGCCCAAGCGCCUAUCACACAGCGUGGGACGGAUACGGGCUUGGAAAUAUUUCUUUCGUCAGGUCACUUUUUUGUUUGUUCGUAGCCGAAUCGUCAAAUUUAGGGCGUGUGUCUGAGAAACUGCGCCGCCGCCUCGUCUGUCCGAACCCUUGCUCCAAUUCCAGGGUCCUCACUCUUUCACUCUCCUCCACUCGUCGAUCAUCGUCGAGCAAUCUUUAGCUUCUUUUUUCCGAGUCGCUAGAGAAUACAUUCCGUACUUGACCGUACCUAGUCGCAUACUUCCGUUGUACCCCUCUACGACCGCCCACCAUGACUGAGCCUCCCGCGAAGAAGAUGUGCCUCGGCGUCGACUGCCCCAACGAGGCUGGCACCCUCCAGUGCCCGACCUGCUUGAAGCUCGGAAUCAAGGGCAGCUUCUUCUGCUCGCAGGACUGCUUCAAGAAGAACUGGGGAAACCACAAGUCCAUGCACAAGUCUGAACAAAGUAUACUUCACCAUGUCCUCCCGCCAAAGGUCGUCUCUAAACCAGAUCCAGAGACAGGUGUAUUCAACCCCUUCCCGACGUACCCCUUCACCGGACCCCUCCGACCCGUCUACCCUCUGUCCGAACGCCGUACCGUCCCCAAGCACAUCCCCCACCCCGACUGGUGGAAGGAUGGUAUCCCCAAGUACCCGAGAAGCAUCCUGAACAGGAACAAGGUCGACAUCCUGGACGCCAAGGGAAUCGCCGGCAUGCGCAAGGUCUGCCGCCUGGCGCGUGAGGUUCUCGACAUUGCCGCCGCCGCCGUCAAGCCCGGCAUCACGACGGACUACAUUGACGAGAUUGUCCACAAGGCCUGCAUAGAGCGCAACGCCUACCCCUCGCCCCUGAACUACAACCACUUCCCCAAGUCCGUAUGCACAUCCCUCAACGAGGUCAUCUGCCACGGCAUCCCCGACCAGCGCGUGCUCCUCGACGGCGACAUCCUCAACAUCGACGUCACCCUCUUCUUCGAGGGCUACCACGGCGACCUCAACGAGACGUACUACGUCGGCGACCGCGCCAAGGCCGAUCCGGACGCGGUGCGCGUCGUCGAAGCCUCCCGCGACUGCCUCGACGCCGCCAUUGCGGCCGUCAAGCCCGGCACACUCAUCCGCGAAUUUGGCAACAUUAUCGAAAAGAUUGCAAAGGAGAGGAACUGCAGCGUCAUCCGCACGUACUGCGGCCACGGCAUCAACUCGCUGUUCCACUGCCCGCCCAACGUCCCCCAUUACGCCAAGAACAAGACGGUGGGCGAGUGCAAGCCCGGCAUGACGUUCACUAUUGAGCCCAUGAUUGCGCUGGGCAAGUACCGCGAUGUCACCUGGCCUGAUAACUGGACGAGCACGACGAUUGACGGCAAGAAGACUGCGCAAUUCGAGCACACUCUUCUGGUGACCGAAGAUGGAGUCGAGGUCCUGACAGCUAGAACGGCCACGUCGCCUGGCGGCAAGGUGCCGAUGCCUGGAACGAACGGCGAAGAGAAGGAGACCACCGCAUAAUUGACAACAUUAGCAUGGGACGCGGGGCAUAAGCGAGCACGGUGUAGAGUACGAGAGGCGUUGCGUUGAGUGAGAAUUGAUGAGGGCGGGGAUACGUGGACGCUGGGAUGAGAGCAUGAUAUGUGAGCAGGCAUUGCUCUGGCAUACACGGUGUUUAGGGGGUGAUGCCAUAACAAAGUGCCAUGAAAACAAAAGCAUUCGGCGCGACGGGGUCAAGGGGCGUCGAAUAUCAAAUAACGAUCAAAAGUUGACCAU